UUAGAUUUCCAAUGCAAGACAAAUACUAAGUCAUUCUCGUCCAAAAAUUAUGUAGAGUUUUAUAAGUAGUUUAUUUACACGUUCAUCAUUUCAUCACUACGCUACGCCUUACUCUCUAACUAUCUCUCUCUCUCUAUCGCUCUCGCUCUCUGCCAAUGGCGCCUAUGAAGAUCCUCAUGCUCUUGGUGGUGCUACUUGUAAGCACCACCUCCUUCGCCGCCGCCGAUGACCGCCCCGACGUCGAUGACGUCCCCCGAUUUGCCCGGUGGCUCGUCCACCAGGGCAAGUGGGGGGUCAUCUCGACCAACUCCCCGGUCUUUGUACCCCACGGGUACAUUGCAUCCUACGCGGAUGCAGGCACGGGGAGCCCCUACUUCUACCUCUCCACCCUCGACCCGGUCGGGAUGGUCGUCCCGACCGACUCCCGAGCCAGCCUCACCGUCACUGAGAUAUCCUUUGACGGCUGCCGGGGCCAGGAGGCGCAGAAUCCCUCCUGCACAAAGAUCAGUCUCUCCGGCGAGCUUCUCAAGCUUCCCGGAAACUCCAAGGAGGGCCGCAAGGCGGAGCGGGCUUUAUUCAAAGCCCACCCCUCCUUCUCCGGCUUCCCGAAGAUGAACGGCACCUUUGCCGUCUACAAGCUGCUUGUUGACGAGAUCUUCCUCGUCAACAAGAUGGUGCCGCCCCGGGAGCUCACCGUCGAGGACUACUUUGACGCUUGACAGGAGGAGCCGGAGGAGGAGUAGUAGUAGUAGGAUUUGCGUUUUUUUUUUGUUUCUAAUCAAUAGGAGUACGUACUUGUCCGUACUCCUACUUAAUUAAUAAUUAGUACUACUGUUCCCAUGUUUGUAAUAUAGUAUUAA